AACUCAAUACAUAUAUAAUCAAAAUGAAAGAAUAUUGGAGGUGUGGUGUAGCGAUGGUGGCCUUCCUGAUAUUUAGUUUUUGUUAUAUUCGGAGCAUGAAAGGUGGGAGGAAAAGAAUUCCAAGGAAGUGGGCAGUGGUGGGAAUGUUGCCGGCGCUGAUUCACAAUGCUUACCGGAUUCAUGAAUUUUUCAAUGAUUUUUUGAAAGAGAGUGGAGGGACAUUUGAGUUUAAAGGACUUGUGUCGGGUAGCUUGGACAUGCUCAUUACCUGCGACCCUGCUAACAUCCACCAUAUCCUCAGCCGAAACUUCUCCAACUAUCCCAAAGGACCUGAGUUUCGAGAAAUAUUUGAUGUUUUGGGAGACGGCAUUUUCAACGUCGAUUCCUUUUUGUGGGAGCUUCACCGUAAAACCACCCUCUCCUUCUUCAAUCAUCCCCACUUCCACACCUUGUUAGAGACCAAUGUUUGGCACAAGGUAGAGAAAGGGUUGUUGCCGGUUCUUGAUUGUUUUGCAGAGCAGAGAGUAGAGUUUGAUUUGCAAGACAUAUUCCAACGUUUCACGUUCGACUCAAUCUCUAAGCUGGUUUUGGACCAUGACCCGGGAAGCCUCUGCGUUGACUUGCCGUAUGUUCCGUGCGAGAAGGCCUUCAAUCCUAUGGUGGACGCCCUUUUGUACAGGAAUAUAAUUCCCCAGAGUUUCUGGAAAUUACAGAGAUGGCUGGGGAUUGGUAAAGAGAAGAAGCUUAUUCAAGCUUCCCGGGAUUUGGAUGAAUUCAUAUACCACGCCAUUACACUACGCCAACAAAAUCAAAAUAAUAAUACUCACCCAUGGCUAUCAGCUGAGUCGGAGGAGGACUUAAGCUUGUUCACCGCUUACGUAAAAACAUACGACCACAACAAGGAACAACUACAGACGGUGCUGACUACUAAUGGUUCACUGGUGAAGUUUUUGAGGGAUACUUUCUUGAAUAUAAUGUUUGCAGGGAGAGAUACAACCAGCUCAACUCUCACUUGGCUCUUCUACCUGCUUGCCCACAACCCAUCGGUUCAGGCACGGAUCCGGGACGAGAUAAUUGAACACAAGUUUUUGUUGUUUUUCAAGGCACAAGAAUGCCAGAAGUUAGUGUAUCUGCACGGUGCACUGUGUGAAGCCCUGAGGCUAUUCCCGCCGGUGGCAAUUGAGCACAAAGUGUCAGCGGAGAUGGACGUCCUCCCAAGUGGCCAUCGCCUCAAGCCCAACACCAGAAUCUUACUCUCAUUUUAUUCCACCGGAAGGAUGAGUGAAAUAUGGGGCGAAGAUUGCAUGGAAUUCAAGCCAGAGAGGUGGAUUUCCAGCAGAGGAAGAAUCAAACACGAGCCUUCCUACAAGUUUCCGGCAUUCAACGCUGGAGCCAGGACUUGUUUAGGUAAAGACAUGGCUUUCAUUCAGAUGAAAAUGGUUGCUGCAACCAUCCUACAACGUUAUCACUUCCAACUGCACCAGGAUUCUCAUUCAAUUUCUCCCAGUGAUUCAGUCGUCAUUCAAGCUAAGCAUGGCUUAAAACUCAAACUUACCAAACGAAAUACUACUGCAGCCUAACCUCACCACAAUCAUGUUCGAUAAAUCCAGUCCCCACAGUAAGCAAGCUAAGCUUGCAUUGCCUACAUAGCUAGCUAGCAA